GCCGCUGGCCCGGCCAGACUUCAGAGACCUCGGCUGAGAAGCGGCUCCCUCUUCCGCGGAUCUGCGGUGGAGGGUCCAGAGCGGGUCCCGCUUCAGGGGAAAAGACGACAGCGACGGCUCUGCGGGCUGGAAGAACACCAACUGACCGAGAAAACUGUUAGGAAGAGGAGAAGAUGUGAUACAGGAACAUCGAGCCUAAGCUGAGAAGUGAGAUGGUGUGGAGACUGCGGCCGGAUGUGGAUCCCUGUGUUGUCCCACAAGUGGCUGGAAUCUCAAGUCUCUGGAAGUAUUCUGCCUGUCUUGGCUUUCCAACCCCACCGAUCCUCCAGAGCGCACCAUGUAUGGAAGACUGGUUAUACUGGUCUCACCAGGCUCUCUCUCUGGCGUUUGAGUGAUUUUGGACUGAACCAGGUUCUUCUUCCUUUUCAUGGUGAUAGAAGUGAUCCCUGGCGAGUGGUAUGUGUGUCAGGACCCAGGAGGCUGGGCUGCAACUUUGGGAUGACUUGGAGCGCAGUCCACCAGGAGGAAAAUGCUUCCCGCGUGGGGUCCUGACACCUGCACAUGGGGCUUUGCCAUUAUUUCUUCUGGAUGUUUCUGUAAGGAGAUUGUUUCUGUAGAGAAAUCCCACUUGAGCAUCAUAUACACAGUCAUAAAAUUCAUAUCAAGAAAUGGGACCAGCCAGUCUUCCCUGCAACCUGAGGCAAAGAGAAAAAUGUCAUACCCUAGGAAUGCAGUGGUGUCCUUUGAAAGAAGAGGAUGCCAUUCCCCAUGUGAGGGCAAUGGAAGCUCAUGGAGGAAGACCACCAGAUCCAGAGAGAGAGCGACCAGGAGAGGAUACCAGCGUGAGACAGCGAAGCGGUCGGCCUCCUGAUGUUGGCGGUGCUGAAUGUGUAGAUAACACAGAUGCCAAAUUGCUAAGACAACUGCAAGCUCAAGAAAAAGCCCGACAAGCUGCACAAAUAAAGCUUUUGAGCAAACUCCAAAAGCAGGAACAGGCUCGCAUUGCCAAGGAAGCUAAAAAACAACAAGCAAUAAUGGCUGCUGAGGAGAAGCGACAGCAAAAAGAGCAGAUAAACAUUAUGAAACAACAGGAAAGAAUUAAGAGAAUACAACAAAUCAGAAUGGAAAAAGAACUUCGAGCCCAACAAAUUCUAGAGGCUAAAAGGAUAAAGAAGGAAGAAGCUGCAAAAGCCAAAUUUUUGGAGGCUGAGAAACGAAAACAGGAAAGAAUUAAGAGAAUACAACAAAUCAGAAUGGAAAAAGAACUUCGAGCCCAACAAAUUCUAGAGGCUAAAAGGAUAAAGAAGGAAGAAGCUGCAAAAGCCAAAUUUUUGGAGGCUGAGAAACGAAAACAGGAAAGAAUUAAGAGAAUACAACAAAUCAGAGUGGAAAAAGAACUUCGAGCUCAGCAAAUUCUAGAGGCUAAAAGGAUAAAGAAGGAAGAAGCUGCAAAAGCUAAAUUUUUGGAGGCUGAGAAACGAAAACAGGAAAGAAUUAAGAGAAUACAACAAAUCAGAAUGGAAAAAGAACUUCGAGCCCAGCAAAUUCUAGAGGCUAAGAGGAUAAAGAAGGAAGAAGCUGCAAAAGCCAAAUUUUUGGAGGCUGAGAAACGAAAACAGGAAAAAGAACGGUCGAAGCAAGAAAAACGUGAUGGGAAAAGAUUAAAGAAAGAGCUUAAACUAGAGCAACGAAGAUUAGAAUUAGAAAUUGCAAAAGAACUAAAACGUGCUGGGAAAAGAUUAAAGAAAGAGCUUAAACUAGAGCAACGAAGAUUAGAAUUAGAAAUUGCAAAAGAACUAAAGAAGCCUAAUGAAGACAUGUGCUUAGCAGACCAAAAGCCUUUGCCAGAGUUGCCUCGUAUUCCAGGACUUGUUCUCUCUGGAAGUACAUUUUCAAACUGUCUCGUGGUGCUGCAGUUCUUAGGAGAGUUUGGUAAAGCUUUAGGCUUUAAUGGAAAUACUGAUGUUCCAAACCUGAGUAUUAUUCAAGAGGGAUUGCUGAAUCUAGGGGACAGCAUGGAUAAAGUACAAGACCUGCUUGUGAGGCUCCUGUCAGCUGCUGUGUGUGAUCCAGGUCUAAUUACAGGAUACAAGGCCGAAACAGCUCUUGGAGAACAUUUGCUGAAUGUUGGUAUGAAUCGAGACAAUGUUUCCGAGAUCUUGCAGAUCUUUAUGGAGGCCCGUUGUGGACAGACUGAGCUCACCGAAAGCCUGAGGACCAAGGCUUUUCAGGCCCACACUCCGGCCCAGAAAGCCUCGGCGCUGGCCUUCCUGAUCAGUGAGCUGGCGUGCAGCAGGAGGGUGGUGAGUGAAAUUGACAAGAACACUGAUUAUAUGUCAAACUUGAGGAGAGAGAAAUGGAUGGUAGAAGGUAAACUCCGCAAGCUCCGAAUCAUUUAUGCUAAGAAAGCAGGCAAGAGAGACACUUCAGGUGGCAUCGAUCUUGGAGAAGAGCAGCACGAGUCGGCCACCCCCACUGCAGGAUGCAAGCGAAGAAGGAAGGGCGGGGACAAUGACGCUGAUGGCAACAAGGAGGAGGAGGAGGAAGACAAGGAAGACAAAAAAGGAAAGAAAACUGAUGUCUGUGAAGAUGAGGAUGAAGGUGACCAAGCAGCAAGUGUUGAAGAGCUAGAAAAACAGAUUGAAAAGCUGAGUAAACAACAGAGUCAGUACAGAAGGGAGCUCUUUGAUGCGUCUCACUCUUUACGUUCGAUGAUGUUUGGCCAGGAUCGUUACAGACGUCGGUAUUGGAUUUUUCCCCAGUGUGGGGGGAUUUUUGUAGAAGGCAUGGAGAGCGCUGCAGGGCUGAAAGAAAUUGCAAAAGAAAGAAAAAAACUAAAAAAAGCAGAAAGCAUCCAGACCAAAGAAAUAUUUGAUACUUCUGACGACCCUUUAAAUUGUUCAAAUCCGGAUCAUUGUGAGCAAAAGGAAGAUCCUAACGAAAAAGAUAACACAAAUCUAAUUCUUCAGAAUCCUGGCUCUUUUUCCAAAUUAAGCAAGCUUUUAGAAGUAGCUAAGGUGCCUCCUGAGUCAGAUGUAACGACCCCCAAACCAAAGAGCGGUGCAGAUGGGUGCGCACUGCCUCACCAGAACCGUGGGAGACACUCACCGGGCAGCAUGCAGCCAACGGUGACACAGAACAGCGUGGAAGAGACAGACUCGAAUCUGGUCAGUACCGGUUCAGGUGGUGCAGGCAAGGUCUACAGUCCUCUCCCCAGGGACCAGUUGUUACUGCCAAGAACACCUUGGGAGGACACUUCCCUUACCCAAGCCGAUGCGCCAGCUGCUUCUUCACCAACUCCUCGGGCCCAGCCGCCCUCUAAGUCACCUGCAGCUCUUGAAGUAGCCAAACCAGUAGAUUAUCCUAGUCCAAAGCCUAUUCCAGAAGAAAUGCAGUUUGGCUGGUGGAGAAUUACUGACCCAGAGCAUUUAAAAGCUUUGCUCAAAGUGCUACAUCCCAGAGGCAUAAGAGAAAAGGCAUUACAAAAACAAAUUCAGAAACACCUGGAUUACAUCACUCAAGCCUGCAUCGAGAAUAAGGAUGUUACCAUUAUUGAAUUAAAUGAAAAUGAAGAAAACCAGGUAACUCGAGAUAUUGUGGAGAACUGGUCAGUAGAAGAACAAGCAAUGGAAGUGGAUUUGAGGAUUCUUCAACAGGUAGAAGAUCUGGAAAGGAGAGUCGCAUCAGCAAGUUUGCAAGUAAAGGGUUGGAUGUGUCCAGAACCGGCAUCAGAAAGGGAGGACUUGGUCUAUUUUGAACAUAAGUCAUUUUCUAACUUGUGCAAGGAGCACGAUGGAGAAUUUACUGGCGAAGAAGAAAGCAGUGCGCAUGCACUAGAGCGGAAGAGUGACAACCCCCUAGAUAUAGCUGUAACCAGGCUCUCUGAGUUGGAGCGAAACAUUGAAAGAAGGUAUCUGAAGAGCCCCUUAAGUACCACCAUUCAGAUCAAACUGGAUAAUGUGGGCACAGUUACUGUCCCUGCUCCUGCACCAUCCAUUAGUGGUGAUGAUGACAGAAUUGAAGAGGACAUUGUUCCCGGUCUCAGGGUAUGGCGAUGGGCAUUAUCAGAAGCUCGCAGUGCUGCACAGGUGGCUCUGUGCAUUCAGCAGUUACAGAAAUCCAUAGCAUGGGAAAAAUCAAUUAUGAAAGCUGCAAGUUCACUGAAAAGGGGCCGCAAAGACAGAAAAAGGAAAAUAGAGGAAAACACCUGCAGUACUGGAGUAAAACAAGAAAGCUGUACUCGUGGAAAGAAACUGAAACAGGACAACUCUGACCUGACUCUUGGCAGUACAAGCCCUACUAAAAUGCAAACUCGUCUCAAUAAAGACAUGAAAAAAAGAAAAAUAGAGGAAAACACCUUCAGUAACUUACCAAACCAGGAAAGCUUUAAUUCUGUAAAGAAAAUGAAGCAAGACCACUCCGACCUGACUCCUUCCAGUACCCUUACUGAAAUGGACAGUCAUGAAGACGCACGGCCUUUUGUAGAACUGCCGGAGCGCAGCACACGGAGUCGUCUGCGUUUCCGCCUCAGGGAUGGAAGACACGUUGUUAUUAAAAAUGCGUAAGCAGCUUUAUAAUAACGUGUGGUAUCUGGGGGUCUCAUCAACAAGAAAUAAAGUGGUUAAACACACACACGGAACAGUCUUUCAAGAAUGAUCAUUUUCUUUUAAACAAAUACAACAUCCCUGAAAAAAGGAAAGCUUGGUGUGCACAUUGGCUACUUUGGGCUGGUGUUUUCAUCACUGGUGGUACAUACUCAGCAGGAGCAGCUGGGCAGGAAGUAGUGGGCAUGGUAUGAAAAUGGCAGUUGGCCCAGUAAUCAUUGUCACUGUACCUGUGGGUAUCAUUUGUUCUGUGACUGACUUGCACUCGAGGUGCCCUAGGUUGAGUGUAUCCUCAAGCCCCUGGCACGGUGCUCCUCAAAUAACCAAAGUCCUCCUAAGCCUCUGCUGCCACCCAGUUACAGGUAUCCACAGCAUACUUUCAUUCGGAUGCACGAGGCCUUCACCGUAACCACCAUCAUUUCAGUCCUGAUUGCUCUGCAGAUUAUAGAACCCGGGCCUACCCUCAAGUUUAUAUUUCGAUUGCCAUUCAAGUGGUAAUCAAUGAAUGAUAACCAAUGAGUGCUCUACUGUUAAACCCAGGGUAUCAUCAAUUUGAAAUAAUAUGUAGAGAAUAAAGUAAUGUUUAUUUAGUUGUUAACCAUAGUGAAAAUCAAGUGAAAUUUAUCCAUGGGUAUGGGGAUAUCUUGAACUCAGAAGAAUUAAGUCAUCAUAAAUGCACAGUGAUCUCUUUUCCUUGUUUCAACCUCAAAAUGAAAUUUGUUAAAAGCACUAAUUUUAAAAUGAGGGAAUCUAAUCUGCCUUUGGUACCUUAUGCACCCCCUCUGUGCUCCUUUUUUCCAUUUCUUCCACCCCCAAUACCUUUUCAAAAAAUUUAAAAUCCUAUUAAUUUAGCCUCUCAUUAAACACAUCCUCAACAAGGAAAUCUGAUAUCAAUCAUUUACUCCUUAUUGUAAGUUUUAUUUGUGGGCUUCUUUCAACGUUAUUUAUAUCUUAAGUAUUUCCAUUUAAGAAAUGAAAGAAGUUUGUGUUGUUAAAAUAAUUUAAUUACAACUAGAAGUUAAGGGAGGUAUUCUAAGAGAAUCAAAAUUUUCCUUCCAGAGAAAUAUGACUGUCAUACAACACAGGGAAACUAGUAGAGCCUUAUCUACUAGGAAUUUCACUUCAAUAAGAUCUCUUAGGCUUGCUUGGGCCGUUUUAUAACUCUACCUUUAAAAAAAGACUUUUUUUUUUGGUUUCACUUAUCUACAGUUACAUGAAGAACAUUAUGUUCACUAGGCUCCCCCUUCACCAAGUCCCCACACACACACCCCUUCACAGUCACUGUCCAUCAGCAUAGUAAGAUGCUGUAAAAUCACUACUUGUCUUCUCUGUUGUACAGCCCUCCCCUAGCCCCCCCCACUACACAUGCUAAUUGUAAGGCCCCCUUUCUGUUUCCCCACCCAUCCUCCCCAGUCCCUUUCCCUUUGGUUUCUGUUAGACUGUUCGUGGGUUCUGUGAUUCUCUUGCUGUUGUUUUGUUCCUUCAGUUUUUCUUUGUUCUUAUACUCCACAUAUGAGUGAAAUCAUCUGGUUCUUGUCUUCCUCUGCCUGGCUUAUUUCACUGAGCAUAAUACCCUCUAGCUCCAUCCAUGUUGUUGCAAAUGGUAGGAUUUGUUUUCUUCUUAUGGCUGAAUAAUACUCCAUUGUGUAUAUGUACCACAUCAUCUUUAUCCAUUCAUCUACUGAUGGACAUUUAGGUUGCUUCCAUUUCUUGGCUAUUGUAAAUAGUGCUGCAAUAAACAUAGGGGUGCAUCUGUCUUAAAAAACAUUUUUUUUUUAAACUUCAACUAUAUAAAAUUGAGGUAAUUCCUCUAAUUUCCUUGAGCUCUUCAGUUUCCUUCCCCCAUAUAUAGAUAGCCUUAAUGUCUUUCCAGUCAACCUUUUAUAUAUUUAUUUAGCAACAUGUAUCUUUAAAAAUAGGUAGUGUCAAAUGCUGGGCAUAGAAGCCACAGGGCAUAAAUCUGUAAAGAAGUAAAAAGCUAACCUUUUCAAAGAAUAUUGCUUCUCUCUCACUUACCAACUUUACAUUUCCCUGUAUGGCCCCGGAAGAUGACUGGUUAGCCAGAGACAGGUAAGAUUCCUCAAGGGAGGAACAACCUAAGACAGGCACAGUCACAGGGGGGCCAUCAGGUGAGAAAUUGGGGAUCAACAGAGGUGAGGCUUAGAACCUCACCCCCCAUUUUGAGAGAAAUCUGCAUCUGUGGAUGUUUUGUUGCCCUUGUCUAGCUUGGAUUAAUACUUAGUCUAUAGGCACAGACCUGAUCAUCUACAUUUGCCCUCUUACAGCACUAAACUAUCUUUUCUACCUUUAUCUUGCAUCUACCUACCACUUCAGCAUUUUAUUAAAAAAAGAAUAAGGGAGAAAUGUGGGAUUCACAUAUAAAUCAAGUAUAAAAAUCAAACGAAUAAUCAUAUCUGACUUGAUUGUUUAUAGUUCAUGAUGCGUGAUCAAAACUGAAAGUUUCUGUGAUAUGAGUGCCCUUGCACACUGUUCACCAUGUAAGAACUUAUUCACUAUGUAAGAACUUGUUCACCAUGUAAGAACUUGUUCAUUAUGCUUCAGAAGAUUGGAGACUGUUGAGAAUUAGGCUUGGGUUUGAUUAAUGAUUGUGCAUUGAGUCCCCUAUACAGAAUUUUAUUGUUAACAACCAUUUGAUCAAUAAAUGAGAGAUGCCCUCUCAAAAAAAAAAAAAAUGUAGUGUCAGUG